AUGCUGAGACAGAUACUGUCAGAGAUGUACAUAGAUCCUGACCUCCUGGCUGAGCUCAGCGAAGAGCAGAAACAGAUCCUGUUCUUCAAGAUGAGGGAGGAACAGAUCCGACGAUGGAAAGAAAGAGAAGCAGCCAUGGAAAGAAAGGAGUCCUUGCCAGUGAAAUCCAGACCAAAGAAAGAGAAUGGCAAAUCUGUCCACUGGAAACUGGGAGCGGACAAGGAAGUGUGGGUCUGGGUGAUGGGUGAACACCAUCUGGAUAAGCCCUACGAUGUGCUCUGCAGUGAGAUCACUGCUGAGAGGGAGCGGCUGAGAACCGAGCAGGAAGCUGAGGAGCUCAGAAAAACUCAGUCUGAAGAAUUCACCAAUAACUUGAAAACAAAAUCACAGUGCUCUGAUCCACAAACACCAAAUAACUGGAAAACACAGAAUGCCUGCAAGAAAGUGGCAGAAGAGGAAGAAGUGAGGCAAGAAUCCAGAUCAGCACGCAUCCUGGAAGAAAAGAAAACCCAGUCAUCCUGCAGUUCAUCAAGAAAUAUUCAACAAAUGUUGACAGAUUCUAUCAAUCGUAUGAAGGCAUAUGGAUUCUACCAGAAGAAAGAAUUGGUAAAGGAAAAACAAGACGAAGAAAUAAAACAAGUGGAGGAAGACAAAACCAAGCAGAUUUAUAAGAACUGGAAAGAAGAUUCCGAGUGGCAGGCCUCCCUGAGAAAAUCCAAAGCAGCUGAUGAGAAGAGACGCUCCUUGGCUAAACAGGCGCGGGAAGACUACAAGAGGUUAUCCCUGGCAGCCCAGAGAGGAAGAAGCGGUGAGGGACUGAGUGUUCCUCAGAAACCCAGAAGGCCUCCCCUUCCACCCAAGCCUCAGUUCCUACCCCCAGCGGGACACCCCCCAAAGCCUCUUGGCAAUCAGGGCGUGACCAGGACGGCUUCCAGCUCGGCCCAGGAGGACAUCAUCCGGUGGUUCAAGGAGGAGCAGCUGCCCUGCCGAGCAGGCUACCAGAAAACCUCAGACAGCAUCGCCCCCUGGUUCCAUGGAAUUCUCACACUAAAGAAAGCCAACGAACUCCUGAGCACGGGCCUGCCCGGCACUUUUCUGAUCCGAGUGAGCGAGAAGAUGAAGGGCUAUGCCUUGUCCUACCUGUCGGAGGAGGGCUGCAAACACUUCCUGAUAGAUGCCUCUGCCGACACCUACAGCUUCCUGGGUGUGGACCAGCUGCAGCAUGCCACCCUGGCAGAUUUGGUGGAAUAUCACAAGGAGGAGCCCAUAACUUCCCUGGGGAAAGAACUGCUGCUCUACCCUUGUGGGCAGCAGGAACAGCCACCUGACUACCUGGAGCUCUUUGAGUGA